AUGAAUCUCAUCGAACAUUAUCAAUACAUUGAUGAAGAGUGUAUUGAUCCCGAAUUAAUAUGUUCACUUUGCAUGUCACCGUUUCAAAUCCCAACAAGUGGAAAAUGCGAUCAUACAUUUUGCAAACUUUGUAUUGAACAAUGGAUCGAUCGUCAGCCGACAUGUCCAAUUUGUCGCAUUAGACUAUACCGAACAGGACUUCAGCAAAUUUCCACUCGUAUUGUACUUAAUCAACUGCAUAGACUUCAAAUGCGCUGUAAACGAUGCGACCGAACAAACAUACAACGUGGUAACAUCAAUCAACACGAAGAACAAUGUCCUCAACAGAUAGUUCCUUGUCCUGCAUCUGACAUCAAAUGUACAUGGAAAGGAGCCCGCAGUACACUGGCAAAUCAUCUCCGAGAAUGUCCUUUCCAAAAGAUUCGUCCAGUUAUUGCCGAUGUUUAUCAAUCUCUGAAGAACGUUUACGAACCGUUAAUUAAUGAAUUACAAACACUUCGACAGCAACUUGAACAAGAAAAACAGCGCAAUCACGCACACACUCAAUUCCUUGUUGCACUGUUUAACAAAGGAAAGCCAAUGAGUGAUCGAUGUACUUGUUCAGUUGGUGAAUGUCGAAUACAACAAAACGCUGCAAGAAUUUUCGGUAGCCAUUCUUCGGCAGAAUUACCAUAUCAAAACGAACAUAAACUGCGUCAAAAUAAGAAGGUAUCAUUGUGCGGCGAAGCACUGAAAAAGCAACAUCGUAUCCUGUCUUGUUCAUUUGGACAAUAUUCUCAAACGAGUAGUCCGUUCACUUGCGCGAACUGUCAGAAAGGUACUGAUUUCAGCAAUAUAGCACUUCACCACUGCGAAGGCGGUUGUAUCUGUCGUGCAUGUGUUCAAAAAUUUGGCAGUUUCAACCCCUUUCUUCACUAA